AUUAUAUUCCUAAUUAAAGCCCCCCAGCAAUAGCUGCAUGCAGUGAAGUUAGCUUAAUUUUUGCAACGUUCUUUCUGUGUUGUCAACCCUCUUGCAGACCAAGAAACUCAAUGGCACAGAUAGGGCAAAAGAGGCCUAGUCAUGAUAUCGAUGCUGACACUAGCACGGAUACGAUAGCGAACGAUGACCUCAUACAAGCGUCACCUUCUAAACGACCUGCCAAAGGAUUGUCGAAUUUUUCUUUCCGACCUUCCCCCCUCCAAUCAGCUACCAAAGGAUUUGCACUUCGCCAGAGCUCAUUAAAGGCACCGCCGAUAGCUGUUGCCGUGCCAACCCCGUCCAAGACCGCCAGUGCCGAGUCCAUUUCUGAACAGUCUAUUGAAGUGGAAAAAUCUACCAGUGGCUUCUUGAAGAUGAGUCAGGAGAGCAUCAAGCUGGUGGGUGUGUCCAGUGUCAGCAUCAUGGCCGGUGAGGGGAAACCCGUCAUGACAACCGGUGGGACUAGUAUUGCUGCCAUUGUCUCACACUCACGAAGUCCGUUCCUUCAAUCAGAGACAGGUGGUUUUAAAUCAACUGUGGGCAGUUCGUCAGAGAACUACUUUUCAGCUGCCAGUCAGACUAAGUCUGCGACCACGCCCUCCGACAAUGGGGAAACCCCUGGCAAUCAGGCAACCGAGGAGGGGAAUUCCCCAAACACAAGUAUGUUUCUGGAUAGUUCAAAGUCCAAACCCCUGUCGGACAAAGGUGGUGACAGUGUGGAGCAGGGGGUGUUUGGAGGUGCAUCGUCUAGGCAACCAAUACUGCCAGAGGUUCACGCAUUCACAGGAGAAGAGAGUGAGAAGAAUAUUGUGCUCAUCUCUGCCAAGCUCUACAUAUUUGAGGGGGACACUCGGACGUGGAAGGACAGGGGGCGGGGUGAGAUACGCUUGAACGACUCGGCCAAAGAUGAAGGAGUUUUCCAAUCAAGACUGGUGAUGAGGGCCUCAGGCACGCACCGAGUCCUACUCAACACACACCUCUGGUCUCAGAUGUCGUGUGAAAAGGCUAAUCAGAAGAACCUUCGAAUCACAGCACAGCACUUGAACUCAACUGAAGACAUUGGAGUCUAUCUUAUCACGGGGGCGGCCAAGGACAUUCAGACGCUCUUCACAGCUAUCGACAGACGAAUACAAGCUCUCAAACGCAACGUACUCUCCGACAACACAGAGCAAGCCACAGAUCCCUUGGAACCCUCCAACACAACGACCAUAUUGCCUGAUGAUGAGGAAGACAAAGACGAGUCUAUCUCUCGGCAGUCCAGCCCAGACUCCUCCCCUGAGGCUAUACGAGUGCGGGCCAUUGAGCGGCCGCCCGUGAUAUCAGUGUCCAAUGUUGAUAGGGCACAAAGGUCAAGGAGCUCAGAGCCAUCUACUGAUGAAGGUGGCAGCAAGUCUCCACCCCCUGACGAUGAGGAUAAAGCCACACCCACUUCUGCACCCAUAACCCGUUAAACUGUACUCAUUUUAUAUAUAUAUAAUAAUAUGUGCUCGAUGAUCAUGCAAUCUCUUUACUUUGUACUUAACUUCUGAUUAGGUUAUAAAAUCAUGUAUUCUCAUACAUACAUUAUUAUACGUUAUUAUCAUUGUAUAUAAUUAUACCACAUAUGAAUUUGAUGGCAAUAACUAUCUAUUAUAAUG